AGGGGGCAGACACAUGAUCCCAGGGACCCGCAGUGGAGCUGAGGCCGUCCGGCAGGCGGUGCACACUUCAGCUCCCCACUUCCAGGACCUACCCGGCGGCGAGGGGGCCCCUCGCCUCUGACCGUCUGGGAGGAAAUGCCUUUGACCAGCCGCAGGAUGGGCAGCGGCCGGAGGAAGGUCAGCUGGGCGCUCUGCUUCCUGCUGCUGCUCCUGGAAGCCGCUUCGGCCAAGAAUAUCUCGAAACGGGCACUGCACGUGAGGCUGGCGGAGAGAUCCCGCGCUGAGGAGGCGGGCGGACUCCGGCAGCCCCGCGCCGACCGCUGCCCCCCGCCCCCGCGCUCGCUGCCCCCCGGCGCCUGCCAGGCGACGCGCUGCCAAGCCGACUCCGAGUGUCCGCGACAUCGGCGCUGCUGCUACAACGGCUGCGCCUACGCCUGCCUGGAGGCCGUGCCGCCCCCGCCAGUUUUAGACUGGCUGGUGCAGCCCAAACCUCGAUGGCUCGGGGGCAACGGCUGGCUCCUGGAUGGUCCUGAGGAAACGUUGCAAGCAGAGGCCUGCAGCACCACAGAGGACGGGGCCGAGCCGCUCCUCUGCCCCUCAGGCUACGAGUGCCACAUCCUGAGCCCAGGUGACAUGGCUGAGGGCAUUCCCAACCGCGGGCAGUGUGUCAAGCAGCGCCGGCCGGCAGAUGGGCGAUUCUUACGGCACAAAUUUUACAAAGAAUAUCCAGAGGGUGCCUCCAAGAAUGUGGCCGAACAUGGGAAGGGACAGCAGAGGCACUUUCAGUAAAGUGACAUCAGCAGCCCGUCUGCAAGAACACUCCUCCACUUUCUGCUAAGCCUUGGAAACAGUUGACUAAAAAAAAUGACUUGACCCCCAAGGUCAUGCCCAGCUCAGCAGAGCCUGAGCCCAGGGAUGCUUGGAGACAGGACAACUGCAUCCCAACCCCUGUGUGGCCCUACCUGGCGGGGUGACUUUGUGGGAGCCAUUCACCAGCGCUGGGUUCCCGUUUUAUCGUCAUAGAAACAAGGCACAUCUCACAGUCCUCCUGACCUUGGAGUUCCCCACAUCUCCCGUGGGAAGAAGUCACUGCCUUUGUGAGCCGUGGGGAGCCCCUUUCUCAGACGGAGUUCUUAGAAUGUCAUUGGUUUCCACUCCCCAGAUUCCUUCCAGGUUUGGCUCUGGGAGGCUUGGUCCCAAAAGUUCUCAAGAUAAGUUGCUUAUCAUAAAAUGGAAAUGAAUUUA